UUGAACUCGAGUUGGAAGAGGCGAGUCCGGUCUCAAAAUGGAGGUAAAACCGCCGCCCGGUCGCCCCCAGCCUGACUCCGGCCGUCGCCGCCGCCGCCGGGGGGAGGAGGGCCAUGAUCCAAAGGAACCAGAACAGUUGAGGAAACUGUUUAUUGGUGGUCUGAGCUUUGAAACCACAGAUGAUAGCUUAAGAGAACAUUUUGAGAAAUGGGGCACACUUACAGAUUGUGUGGUAAUGAGAGAUCCCCAAACAAAACGUUCCAGGGGCUUUGGUUUUGUGACCUACUCUUGUGUUGAAGAGGUGGAUGCUGCAAUGUGUGCUCGGCCACACAAAGUUGAUGGGCGUGUGGUGGAACCAAAGAGAGCCGUUUCUAGAGAGGAUUCUGUAAAGCCUGGUGCCCAUUUAACAGUGAAGAAAAUCUUUGUUGGUGGUAUUAAAGAGGAUACAGAAGAGUACAACCUGAGAGACUACUUUGAAAAGUAUGGCAAGAUUGAAACCAUAGAAGUUAUGGAAGACAGGCAGAGUGGGAAAAAGAGAGGAUUUGCUUUUGUGACUUUUGAUGACCAUGACACAGUUGAUAAAAUUGUUGUUCAGAAAUACCACACUAUUAAUGGGCAUAAUUGUGAAGUGAAAAAGGCCCUUUCUAAACAAGAGAUGCAGUCUGCUGGAUCACAGAGAGGCCGUGGAGGUGGAUCUGGCAAUUUUAUGGGUCGUGGAGGGAACUUUGGAGGUGGUGGAGGUAAUUUUGGUCGUGGUGGAAACUUUGGUGGAAGAGGAGGCUAUGGUGGUGGAGGUGGUGGCAGCAGAGGUAGUUAUGGAGGUGGUGAUGGUGGAUAUAAUGGAUUUGGAGGUGAUGGUGGCAACUAUGGUGGUGGUCCUGGUUACAGCAGUAGAGGAGGCUAUGGUGGUGGUGGACCAGGCUAUGGAAACCAAGGUGGUGGAUAUGGUGGUGGUGGAGGAGGAGGAUAUGACGGUUACAAUGAAGGAGGAAAUUUUGGUGGAGGUAACUAUGGUGGUGGGAACUAUAAUGACUUUGGAAAUUAUAGUGGACAACAGCAAUCAAAUUAUGGACCCAUGAAAGGGGGCAGUUUUGGUGGAAGAAGCUCAGGCAGUCCCUAUGGUGGUGGCUAUGGAUCAGGUGGUGGAAGUGGUGGAUAUGGUAGCAGAAGGUUUUAAAAAAAAAACAGCAGAAAAGGGCUACAGUUCUUAGCAGGAGAGAGAGCGAGGAGUUGUCAGGAAAGCUGCAGGUUACUUUGAGACAGUCGUCCUAAAUGCAUUAGAGGAACUGUAAAAAUCUGCCACAGAAGGAGCGAUGAUCCAUAGUCAGAAAAGUUACCGCAGCUUAAACAGGAGGCCCUUCUUGUUCAGGACUGUCAGAGCCACAGUUUGCAAAAAGUGCAGCUAUUGAUUAAUGCAAUGUAGUGUCAAUUAGAUGUACAUUCCUGAGGUCUUUUAUCUGUUGUAGCUUUGUCUUUCUUUUUCUUUUCAUUACAUCAGGUAUAUUGCCCUGUAAAUUGUGGUAGUGGUACCAGGAAUAAAAAAUUAAGGAAUUUUUAACUUUUCAA